AUGCUCGAAAGUAUCUCUUUGUUCUUGUUUCUCCUCUUCUUUACACCUCUUUCUCUAUUAAUUUUUCUUCGUAUUUUUCUUCGUAUUUCUCUUUUACUAGAUUAUCCUCUUAGCCACCUCCAUCUUUCUCUCUCUUUCCCUCUUUCUCUCUCUCUCUCUCUCUCUCUCUCUCUCUCUCUCUCUCUUCUAUUUUUCUCUCUUCCCUCUGUAUCUUCCUCUUUCUUGUUCUUUCUUCAUACUAUUUCUCUCCCCUUUCUCCUCUCCCCCUCCUCUCUCUAUCUCUGUCAAUUUCACUUAGUAUCUGACCCUUUCUUGCUCUCCCUUUUUCAUACUAUUUUUCUUCCCUUUCUCCUCUCCCCUCCUCUCUCUCUUUGUCAAUUUCCCUUAGUAUCUGACCCUUUCUUGCUCUCCCUUUUCAUACUAUAUGCUCUCCCCUUUCUCCUCUCCCCUCCUCUCUCUCUUGUCAAUUUCCCUUAG